AUGCGUUUUUUUCGUGGGUUUUCUACCAGCCAGAAGUCGUGCAAAGCUGCAUGCUCUCUGGUGAAGCCAGUGCAUCACUUGGUGAAAGUGGACAAAUCUAAGCUUUCACCAAGAUUUGAAGAGCUCAAGUAUGCGAAAAACGACGUCAGAUCGCCAGGAUUCAGACCUGUUGCCACUCACCAAGACAGAAUUAGUGAGCAUUAUCACAGGACAGUACAGCCAGACCUGCUGCUCAUUAACUACUCGCACAACGCACAAAUCAAGAAAGGUGCCAAGAAUAGAGAAUGGGAUUACUCCAGUCCUUACCACCUAAACAGACAGCCCAGAAAACCCAAGGGGUCUGAGGUGCAGCUUCCAGAUAUGAAACCGAUCAAGUGGCACAACAUUCCAGAGCUAGAGUCAAUUGUGGUGAAUUGCUACGUUAAGGAGUCUAAGGAAAACCAGUUAUUGCCCGUCAGUGCAGCUUUGCAGUUGCAGCAGCUCACGGGUUGCAAACCUCAAGCAGUGUACGCAAAAACGGAUGUUCCAUCUUGGAAAGUAAGAAGGGGAACGCAUAUGGGCGCCAAAGUUGAAAUUAGAGGCCGUCCAAUGGCUCAGUUCUUGAGCACAUUAACCGAAAUUGUACUCCCUAGAAUAAGAGAAUAUAAAGGUAUCAGCAACAAGUCCGGCAAUCGUUUUGGUGGUCUGUCUUUUGGUUUGACUUCCGAAGACGUCAAAUUUUUUCCAGAGAUUGAAUCAAAUCAAGACCUAUGGCCUAAGACAUUUGGGAUGCACAUUAACAUUAACUCGUCUGCACAAAAUGACAUCCAAGCCAGAACUCUUGUGAGUGGUUUUGGAUUCCCUUUCAAUGGUCCUGAAAAACUUAAAUGA